ACAAGAUAUAGCCAAUAUUUUCUGAUACUAAAUUAAUACAUCUGACUAAACUGAUGUUGCCCAUCCAUGAUUAUCAUCAUUUUUAGGAAAAUAAAUGUCUAAAAAUUAUAUUUAUACGAAAUAACUGAAAAAUUAACAUAUGUUUUGAGCAUCAUCUUAAUGAAAUCAUGAAUGUUUACAUUCCGACUGGAAUGCCAUAUUGAUAUACCAGUUAAAAAGAAAGCUCCCUUUUAUGCGAUGAAUAUAACCUGCGUUUCACAUAUUUAUAUUUUAUAAUCAAUAAUUUUGUUCUUUCCGAUGUUUUAAUUAACUUAAAAAUGACAAUUUUAAAUAGUUUUUUUUUUAAUGUUAAAAAUGUUCGUGAUAUAUUUGUGAUGAUUAUUAACAGUUGAGUGAGAAGAAGAAUCGUGAUGAUUAAAACAAUUAUUUCAAUGGUUGCACUAUUUUUUGAUAUUGUACAUGGACUGGACAAUGGGCUUGCCCUCACCCCACCAAUGGGAUGGAAUACAUGGGAACGGUUCAGGUGUACUAUCGAUUGUGAAUUAUGUCCCAAUGAAUGUAUCAGCGAGAGAUUGAUUAAAAGGACGUGUGAUCUUAUGGUGAGUGGUGGUUAUCUAGAAGCAGGGUAUGAAUAUAUAGUUAUCGAUGACUGUUGGUCGGCAAAAAUGAGGGAUAAAGAUGGAAAUUUACAACCAAACAACACCAGAUUUCCCAAAGGAAUUCUCGAUCUUUCAAGAUAUCUCCAUAGCCGGGGAAUGAAAUUUGGAAUAUAUGCAAAUCUCGGCACUAAAACCUGUGCUGGCUAUCCAGGAACUAUCACAGAUAUUUAUAAGGAUGCUGACCUUUUCGCUUCAUGGGAAGUUGAUUUUGUUAAAUUGGAUGGGUGCUAUUCGGAAGUUCAUGAAAAAGAAAUUGGAUACCCGGCGUUUGGGAUGUAUCUUAAUGCCACUGGGCGUCCAAUAGUCUACAGCUGCAGCUGGCCAGCUUACUUGGAAGAUGAAGCCAUAGAGCCUGACUAUGAAGCCCUUAAGAAAUAUUGCAAUUUAUGGAGGAAUUAUGCUGACAUAGAAGAUUCAUGGACUUCAUUAUGUGAUAUCAUGAACUUCUUUGCAAAUAAUCAAGACACAGUUGCAAUUCAUGCAGGGCCCGGUCACUGGAACGAUCCUGAUAUGUUGAUUAUUGGGAAUUUCGGUCUUAGCUAUGAACAAGCUAAGGUCCAAAUGGCUAUUUGGGCUAUACUUGCAGCACCUUUGUUUAUUUCUACAGAUUUUGAAACAAUACGUCCUGAAUUUGCUCAAAUCUUAUUAAAUAAGGAUGUUAUUGAAAUCAACCAAGAUAAACUUGGCAUCCAAGGUAGAAGAAUCUAUAAGAAAAAGAAUCUUGAAGUUUGGCGCAAGCCAGUCUUGCCAUGCUAUAUGGGAUAUCACUCUUAUGCUGUAGCUGUUGUGAGUAAAAGAAUUGAUGGCAUGCCGUUUUACCUGACAAGGACCUUAAAAGAUCUUGGUCUCUAUAAUCCAAAUGGAUAUAUGAUAAAGGAUUUGUUCUUUGGAAUAAUUAAAAACAUGACAUGUGGCAAUGUGAGGAUGAAGAUCAAUCCUACAGGUGUAGUUUUUUUGAAAUUCACCUCAGUAGAAAUGAAUAUGAAAAAUGAAAAGAUUCGAUCUGCUCCUACAUCAUGUACAGAAGAUAUUUUUUUUGUUCAAUAAAUUUUAUUACA